GGCGAGCUUUUCUACUCCUGUUAGUGGGGACGGAGCGCGCCUCGCCCAGCUUGAAAUCUCUGGUAUCGCGACGACGCCCCUCUGUGAAGAGCACAGGCAACAACAUACAACAGCUCUCCCAGGCAAGGACUAGUCCUCCUCGUCCCAGACAGCAAGUAUGGCACAGCCAAGACAUUCCAGCAUAACCCUGCCAUAUGGCCAACGUGCCGCUGCGGCGACGCACCCCUUGACGAGCUACCUCCUGCGUCUGAUGGAGCUGAAGCAGUCAAACCUCUGCGUAUCGGCCGACGUCAGCAACGCGCGGGAGCUUCUUGCCCUCGCCGACAAGCUCGGCCCAUCCAUCGUCGUGCUGAAGACGCACUACGACCUGAUUGCAGGGUGGGACUACAGGCCAGAGGAGGGCACCGGUGCGCAUCUGGCUGCGCUGGCACGGAAACACGGCUUCCUGAUCUUUGAGGACCGCAAGUACUGUGAUAUCGGCAGUACAGUACAGAUGCAAUAUGUGGGCGGCACCGCACGUGUCAUCGACUGGGCACACAUCGUCAACGCCAACAUAUCUGCCGGUAAACCCAUGGUAGGGGCCAUGGCCCAGGCCGCGGCUAAGUGGCGCGAGAGGUGUAACUACGAGGUGCGCACCAGCGUGACGGUGGGCACACCUGUAGGCAACAGCUUUGAUGAGGAGGACGAGGACGAAGACGACGAAGACGAGGAUAUCGGCGCGUACGAUGCAAAAGGGAGGUCGUCAUCGAGAGGCGCAUACGAGACACGAGACAUCAACAUGAUGCCCCCUCCCCCGCCGCGAGACCCCGACGGUCGCAAGGGGAGCAUCGUCUCCAUCACGACCGUCACACAGUCCUUCGAGCCGGCCGACUCCCCCCGGCUGUCCAAGACUCUCUCCGAUGCCGACGACGUUGUGUUUCCCGGUAUUGAAGAGGCUCCGCUUGAGAGAGGCCUGCUGCUGCUCGCGCAGAUGUCCAGCGCGGGUAGUCUCAUGGACGCCGAAUACACGACGGCCUGCAUCGAAGCGGCAAGAGCCAACAAGGAGUUCGUCAUGGGCUACGUGGCGCAAGAGAACCUGAACUCGGAACCCGACGACAACUUUGUCCACAUGACCCCCGGCUGCAAGCUGCCGCCCGAGGGCGAGGAGGAGAAUGGCGAGGAUCUGAAGGGCGACGGCAUGGGACAGCAGUACAACACGCCUGCGAAGCUCAUCGGGAUUGGCGGGACGGACAUCAUCAUCGUAGGACGGGGGAUCAUACAGGCUUCAGACCCGCAGGACGAGGCAGAGAGGUACCGAUACAAGGCCUGGAAGGCUUACAAGACGAGACUGGCGAACUGAGCAGCGGGAAUAAGCAGGAGAAGAGGAAGGAACAAGAGAAGAUGGUCCGAAUAAAAGCAUGGCGUGUGACGAGAGCGUUUGGUAUGGAUACCCAAAUGGACACAAAGCAGAUGGAGUAAUAAGAGAUGCUGGAUUGAUUC